GUUCACUCGGAAACACCAGUAAAAGGUAUAAAUAUCGGUCAAUUUGAAGAAUAAUACGACAUCCAAAGCUUGAUUUCCAAUCUUAAUCAUUUGCUUUUGCUUUUUGAUCGAUUAUAACACUUCGCUUUUUUAUCUCGAAUUAUCAAUAUGGACGCUUUGAACAACACUCCCGCCACUUCCAACUCUUCUUCUCUUGCCAAUAACGCUCCUUCCAAGCCCACUGUCACUACUAGCGGUGCUUAUUGGUACCAACCCAAACCUCCUGCAAUGUGUGUCAUUGCUUAAGUUUUAUGAAACUUUUACUUUACUUUUUCUAUUUUGAUUCCACUCACUUUGUUCAUACAUCGUGACUUUUCUAAUAACCCUUAAUUACAAUGCUUUAAUUACCAUUAACCUUUUGAGAAUUUUUUGAAUAAAUUAUCUUUUAUUUUCUAGUUUUGAAGACUUAAAUAGCUC